AUGCCAUCCAGCGAGGAUGGCAGCCCUCGACCUAGUUGUGGUGCCGAGUCGCCCAUCACAUAUCGGUAUCUGACCUUUGAAACACCGCUACCGUCUCCAAACACAACCAUCCUCGCCUCCUCGACGAGGACAGAAGCAGCAGCAGCAGCAUCGAUAUGUCCUGCCGAGCUGGACCUUCGCCCCUAUACAAAUCCGAUCCUCUGGUCUGCCCACCGCAAGGCAUACCACCUCCUGCUGUGCUGCUUAGCCACGCUGCUGACCGCAUACACUGCCGGGUCGUACUCGCCCCCAGAACCACUCAUGGAGGCUAAUUUUCGUGUCUCUCGUACCGCCGUCGCGACCGGUAUUACCACCUUCUGUAUGGGGUUCGCCCUGGCACCCAUGAUCCUCGCGCCCUUUAGCGAGAUCAACGGCCGGUAUCCGGUGUUCGCCGUGUCCGGUGUUUUAUAUGUCGUGUUCCAACUCGUGUGCGGCUUGGCCCCGAACUUGGGCGGCAUGCUGGUGGCACGUUUCUUGACCGGUGUCGGCGGGAGCGUCUUCAGCACCAUGAUAGGCGGCAUCAUCGCCGACCUGUGGGAAAAGGAGGGAAGAAACACACCCAUGGCCCUGUUCAGCGGCUCGGUUCUGGUAGGCACAGGCGUGGGCCCGCUGGUGACUGCCGUCAUGACCCACCGAUUUGGAGACGACGGUGACAAGUGGAAGUGGGUGUUCUGGCACCAGGUCAUCAUGGGCGGCGUCCUGAUGGCGCUGAUCGCUGUUUUUUUCAAGGAGAGCAGGGGCAGUGUGGUGUUGAGCCGGAGGGCCAAGGCGCUGAACAAGUGGUACGAGCAGAGAGAGCAGGCUGGCUAUUACGGCGUCUGGUUGAAGGACCCCACUCUCGCUGCUGAUGAGGCGCCCGAGGCCGGGGGCAGCUCGAGCGAUGGGAAGGAGAAGAUGGGCCCAGCCUCCUCGCCGCGCUCCGUCUUGGGCGCGACCACGCGUGUGCAGCUCGUUCGCCUCCGGUGGCGGGUCAAGUCGGAUGAGGAGCGCUCGUCCCUGGGCAAGAUGAUCUCCAUCUCUGUCUACCGCCCUUUUCACCUCCUCGUGACCGAGCCCGUGGUCUUCUCAUUUUCGCUCUGGGUGUCCUUUGCCUGGGCCGUCCUGUACCUAACCUUUGCGUCUAUCCCGUACGUUUUCGAGACCGUGUAUGGAUGGGAUAUCGAGAGAGCAGGCUACGUCUUCGGGGCCAUGAUGGUCGGGUCUGUCCUGGCGACUAUUAUCGGCAUCUGGCAGGACGAGUUGCUCAAACAUCCCGAGUGGAGGCGACGACACGACAAUGAUGGCGACCAAGAUGAAGACUGGUCCAAUGACGCAUCGCCCUCCGACGAGGAGAACAACAGCCGACAAGAGCAGGGGGUUCGUCGAUCUGGGUGGCUCUACGCGACGCUCCGCCGUCACUUUCCCGUCGAGUCUCCCGAGUCCCGGCUCUACUUCACCUGCAUUACGGCCGUCUUGCUACCGGUCGGGCUGUUUCUCUUCGGUUUCACCUCCACGGCGAGCAUCCACUGGAUCGCGCCCACGAUCGCCAUCUGUCUUGCGACAAUGGGGAUCUACAGCAUCUAUCUGGCCACCUUCAACUAUUUCGCCGACGUCUACCACAUCUAUGCAUCUUCAGCUCUGGCCGCGCAGUCAUGCUGCCGCAAUGUGCUAGGCGGCAUCUUCCCGCUGGUAACCCUGCCGCUGUUCGAGAAUUUGGGCAUCGCAAGGGCGGGUGGCCUUCUCGGUGGUAUCGCGCUGGGGCUGACCUUUGUGCCCUGGGUAUUGAUCUUUUUCGGACCACGGAUCAGGGCGAGGAGUGCAUUUGCCGUCAAGCUGGAGAAGGCGAGCCCGUAG